AUGGAACACGAGCAGGAGAAGACGUCGCCUGUUCAGACAACUAUGAGUAUUGAUGGUGAUGGGAGCAACGGUACAGGCAAAGCGACAGACGCAGAGGUCCUGGCGCGCUUGGGGUAUAAACAAGAAUUUCGGCGCAACUUCAGUGCGGUGGAACUAUUCGGGAUUGGGUUCAGUAUAAUUGGGCUUGUCCCGUCUUUAGCUUCCGUGCUUGUAUACUCGAUACCUUAUGGAGGUGCAUCUGCAAUGAUAUGGGGUUGGGCCGUAUGUGGAAUAUUUCUUACUUUCAUCGCGCUUGCAAUGGCCGAACUAGGCUCGGCUGCACCGACAUCCGGAGGACUAUACUAUUGGACGUUCAAGUUCUCGUCACCUAGAUGGCGAUGCCUCCUUUCAUGGAUUGUGGGAUACUCCAACACUGUAGGAAAUAUUGCAAGUGUAGCGUCCGUCGAUUGGGGAUGUGCGGUGCAGAUUAUGGCGGCUGCGAGCAUUGGAUCGGGGCUUAACUUUCAAGCCACUACUGCACAGACGUUUGGAGUAUACUGCGCGUUACUCCUCACUCACGGAGUGAUAUGUAGUCUGAAUCCAAUUAUCGUCGCAAGGUUACAGACGCCCUAUAUCGUGUUGAAUAUCCUAUUGUGCCUGGGGCUCAUCAUUGCCUUGCCGUCUGCCACACCCGACGAGUUCAAAAACCAUGCGCGAUACGCGUUUGGCUCGUUCAAUAAUAUCUCCGGAUGGAACAAUGGAUGGGCGUUUAUUCUCAGUUUCCUGAGUCCUUUGUGGGCAAUCGGUAGUUUCGACUCAACUGUACAUAUCAGCGAAGAAGCUAAAAAUGCCAAUGUCGCCAUUCCCUUCGCUAUCAUUCUCGCCGCGACAUCGAGCGUGAUUAUUGGAUGGGGAUUAAAUAUUGCACUUGCAUUUACGAUGGGUACCGAUACGGGUAACAUUUUAAGUAGCCCUAUCGGGCAGCCAAUGGCAACGAUUCUAUUCAACUCUUUCGGUCAGAAAGGAACCCUGGCAAUCUGGGCCGUCAUCGUGAUUGUGCAAUUCACAAUGGGAAGCAGUAUGUUAACGACGUGCUCUCGGCAAAUCUUUGCUUUUUCAAGGGACGGCGGACUUCCAUUCUCGUCAUUUCUAUACAACGUCAAUUCCAGAACACAUUCUCCAUUGCAAUGUGUCUGGUUUUCAGUUGCUCUCUCAUUGCUCCUGGGUCUAUUGGCCUUUGCUGGGGCAAGCGCCAUCGGCGCUGUCUUUUCGUUGGUUGUAGCAGGACAAUAUGUUGCCUAUUCCAUUCCAAUUCUUGCAAGAUUUAUGGGAGGGCAAGAGUUCCAUCCGGGUCCAUUCAAUCUGGGAAAAGCCGGACUACCGGUAGCAAUCACAGCAGUGACAUUCAUGUUGUUCAUGGUGCUGGCUCUCAUGUUUCCAGCAAGUCCCAGUCCCAGCUCUAAUAAUAUGAAUUAUACGGCUGUUGUAUUAGGCGGAACUUUGCUUCUAUCUAUCAUUUAUUUCUACUUACCAACAUAUGGAGGGCUCUACUGGUUUACGGGACCUGUACGAACAUUGGAAGACAGGUAUCCUCAAAUGGACGGAAAAGGUGAUUCAGAGAAGGAUGAUAGUUCAUCAUGA